CGUGAUAACACUUAACUAGUUUCUUUCUCUUUUUACUUACUUGUUGUUUACAUACAGAAGAAAAAAAAAAACAGAGAGUUUAUAAUUAAAUUACUUAUAUAUCACACGGAUUAGCUCCGGCGAAUUAUGGUCGUCGUCUUCAUCUUCUUCCUCCAAAAGAUUUUUCCUUAAAUGGAAGAAACCAAAAGAAACUCCGAUCUCCUCCGUUCUCGUGUUUUCCUCUCUGGCUUUUACUGCUGGGAUUGGGAAUUUCUCACCGCUCUCUUGCUCUUUAGUUGCUAAUAAAUAUCCUCUGCUCCGAUCUUUAAUUGCUUUCUAAGUUUUCUAGAUUAUUUUUAGUUGUUUCUUUUUUUUUUAUAUAUAUUUUGGUUGGGGGUGAUAACUCGCCGGAGAUGACGGUGGCGCAAAGAUCUGUACCGGCGCCGUUUUUAAGCAAAACGUAUCAGCUAGUAGAUGAUCAUAACACAGACGACGUCGUGUCAUGGAACGAAGACGGAACAGCUUUCGUGGUGUGGAAGACAGCUGAGUUUGCUAAAGAUCUUCUUCCUCAAUACUUCAAACAUAAUAACUUCUCAAGCUUCAUUCGUCAGCUCAACACUUACGGGUUUCGGAAAACAGUACCGGAUAAAUGGGAAUUCGCGAACGAUUAUUUCCGGAGAGGAGGAGAGGAUCUGUUGUCGGAUAUACGACGGCGUAAGUCUGUGAUCGCGGGGAAAUGUGUAGUUGUUGGUGGUGGUAGUACGCCGUCUGAGUCAAACUCGGGUGUUGGUGGGGGUGGUGAUGAUCACGGGUCAAGCUCAACGUCAUCACCAGGUUCGUCUAAGAACCCUGGUUCGGUGGAGAACAUGGUUGCUGAUUUAUCGGGAGAGAACGAGAAGCUGAAACGAGAGAACAACAGUUUAAGCUCGGAGCUAGAGGCGGCGAAGAAGCAAAGGGAUGAGCUGGUGACGUUCUUGACUGAUCAUCUCAAAGUAAAGCCUGAAAAGAUCGAUCAGAUGAUCAAAGGAGGAGGGAAGUUCAAACCGGUGCUGGAGUCUGACGAAGAAGAAGAGAGUAGUAGUGAUUGCGAAGGCUGUGGUGGAGGAGCGGAUGAGGGGGUAGGUGAAGGGUUGAAAUUGUUUGGGGUGUGGUUGAAAGGAGAGAGAAAGAAGAGGGACCGGGAUGAAAAUAAUUAUUUGGUCGGUGGGUCCCAUAUAACGAAGGAAUUAAAGAACGUGGACUUUCACGCGCCGUUGUGGAAAAGCAGCAAAGUCUGCAACUAAAACAAAACAAAACAAGUGUUUCGAAGACUGUUCAAACCAGCGUGUGACACGUCAUCGACGACAGAAGAAAGGAAAAAACAUGAUUUUCUCCUAAGGGAAAAAAAGUUCGUUUUUAUUAUUUUUAAAUGGUUUUUUUUUUUAAAGUGAACGAAGAAGAAGAAGAAGAUCCAGAAGGAUCAAACGCAAAUAUAAGAAUUUUCAUGUAUAUCCCUAUUUGUAUAAGGAUUAAUUAGUGUAUGUUUAAAUAUAUUUAUAUAAUAAGACAGAUGUUGAAAGUUUUUAGUA